AUGGAGGCCGCUGCUGGGGCGUUGAGCCCUGUCCUCCGUAAGCUCGGUGAGCUGCUCGCCGGAGAAUACAACCUGGAGAAGCGAGUAAAGAAAGGUGUACAAUCACUUCGUACAGAACUGGAGAUGAUACACGCCGUACUUCGUGAGGUUGGCAAGGUGCCACUGGAUCAGCUCCAGGAGCCGGUCCGGAUUUGGGCUGGCAAGGUGAGAGACCUCUCUUGCGACAUGGAAGACGCUGUUGACGACUUUCUGGUGCGUGUGGAUGAGGGUCCAUGCAGCAAGCCAACGAACAUGAGGAAUCGUGUCAAGAAGUUCCUCAAGAAGACCACCAAAUUGUUUGGUAAUGGCAAAGCACUUCAUCAAAUCUCUAGUGCCAUCAAAGAAGCUCAGGACCUUGCCACGGAGUUGGUGGGGCUGCGUAAAAAGUAUGAGCUUGACAUGCGUAGCACUAGCAAUGGUGCUACCAUUGACCCUCGUGUGUUAGCUCUGCACAAAGAUGUAGGGGAGCUUGUUGGCGUUGACUGCACAAGGGAUGAGCUUAUCAAAACACUGAUUUGUGAGGACGGGAGUUCCAAGGAGCAAUUGAAGACCAUCUCUAUUGUUGGUGUUGGUGGGCUAGGCAAGACAACACUCACCAAAGCAGUCUAUGAGAAGAUCAAAGCCCAAUUUGAUCGUGUGGCUUUUGUCCCAGUGGGUCAGAACCCAGAUAUCAAAAAAGUUUUCAAGGACUUACUCUAUGAACUUGACAACGAAAAGUUCAGUGACAUUCAUAAUACAACACGGGAUGAAAAUCUACUCAUCAAGCAAAUCAGUGAUUACCUUGUGGAUAAGAGGUACCUCAUCGUAAUUGAUGAUAUAUGGGAAGAAGAAAUAUGGAGAUUUAUAAAUUGUGCUUUGUAUAAAAACAACCUCCAUAGUCGGGUAAUCACAACAACCCGCAAUGUGAGCGUGUCUGAAGCAUGUCUCUCUUCUAGUGAUGACAUGAUUCACAAAAUGAAACCUCUUUCUGAUGAAGACUCGCAGAUACUCUUCCAUAGAAGAAUAUUUCAAAGCGAAGAGAAAUGUCCAGAAGAUUUGCAAGCAGUAUCAAGAGAGAUAUUGAAGAAAUGUGGUGGUGUGCCAUUAGCCAUCAUUACAAUAGCUAGCCUUCUAGUCAGUAACCAAAGGAUAAAGCAGAAAGAAGAAUGGAUGCACGUGCACAGUUCGAUGGGCCGUGGAGUUACAGAAGGUGGUAUUGUGAAGGACAUGAAGAGGAUAUUAUCACUCAGCUAUUAUGAUUUGCCAUCCCAUCUGAAGCCUUGUUUAUUAUAUCUAAGCAUCUUUCCUGAAGACUUUGAGAUUAAGAGAGAUUGGCUGAUAUGGAGGUGGCUUGCUGAAGGGUUUAUCCAAUGUGACAAAGAAGAAACCAGGCUGUUUGAGAUCGGAGAGCGCUACUUCAACGAGCUCAUGAAUAGGAGCUUGAUCCAGCCAGCGAAAAUCAAUGACGAAGGAACGGUAGUAACUUGGCGUAUACAUGAUGUGGUGCUUGACCUUAUAUGCUCACUGUCAAGUGCGGAAAAUUUUAUCUUCAUAUUGAAUAAUGCUGAGUGCCAUGCACCUAAUCUGCAAAGGAAGUUUCGCAGAUUAUCACUUCAUAAUAUCAAGGCAAAGGUUCAAAAUCAUCAGUUUGAUAGCACCAGCCUGUCAAAAGUGAGGACCUUUGCUGUUUUUUCUCCCGUUGCUUGUGAUUGGUUGCCAUCUCUCUCAAGCUUCCAUUUUUUACGUGUGCUGGAUCUUGGAAAUUGUGGCAGCCAUGAAAGUAGCUCUGGUCUCAACCUCAAGUAUGUUCGGAAUUUAAUUCACCUAAGAUACUUAGGGCUCAAGGGUGCAGAUGUUCACGAACUCCCAGUGGACAUAAGCAAGCUGCAGCUUUUGCAGAUACUGGACAUACAAGGAACUAGAAUAAAUGAGUUACCUGCAAGUAUUGUUCAACUAAGAAAUUUGAUAUGCCUAUCUGUCGAUAGUGGCUUGAGGCUGCCAAAAGGAAUGGGGAACUUGAUGUCCCUUGAAGUGCUGGAACGAGUAGGCUUAUCCUCAUCUUCUCAUAUUGUGGAAGAGUUGAGGCAUCUGACAGAGGUUAUGACACUCAGUAUUAACUGUGAUAACAUGGACGAGGAUCUGAUUGAUAUAUUAAUCAAGUCUCUCUGCCGACCCCUUCCAAACCUUCGUAGUUUUGAUUCAUGGGACCCCUUCUUUUUCUUUUCGUCGUUAUGCAGACUUCCAAAGUGGGUCAAUUCAAGGUCGCUUCCUCACCUCUCCAGCCUGGCCAUAGAUGUGGAAGAACUGCAAGGGGAUGACGUUCAGAUCAUUGGGAUGCUGCCUGCUCUUCGGUCUCUGCGGCUGGGUGCAAGACGCGUGAUGGGAAGGUUGGUUGUGAGGACCGAUGCAUUCCCAUCUGCGAGAUGCUGCAUGUUCAGAUGGUUUCCGACGGCGCCGUGCCUUUUCCCACCUGGAGCUAUGCCAAGGGUUCAACACCUUGAUUUCUGGGUAUCUUAUUGGUCGAUCGCGAUUGGUGAGGUUGACUGUGGCAUGAACCACCUCCCUUCUCUCGAGCAUGUCAAGGUUACUCUGCAGCGUGAUAGGUUCACUGUUAACGGGGUCGAUGAAGAGGUGGAUAUAGCCAAGGCUUUGCUGAGGCGCGCAACAGAAGCCCAUCCAAAACGUCCCACCAUUGAAAUCUAUUCGACAUAA